AUGGUGCGACCAGCGAGUCGAAACGCGACACUGAGAAAAAAGGCAAGGAUGAGGACUCGAAAGCGAAGGUUGCUGGCGAGAAGUCUCAGACCGAUGCAAAAGGGAAAAGCACCGCAGCGUCAGCCACAUCAAAGCGUGAGGAGACGCGUAGCAGUGACCGGAAGAGGGAAGACAAGGAGAAGCGUACAUCUACGGGCGAUCGACGUGACAGCGGUACGCGACGCGUUUUCGCAUUGA